AUGCUUGAGAGCCAAGGUCGACCGACCACCCCAAGCGGCAGCCGCCUCCGCGACUUUGCCGACCUCGCCUUUCGUCCCUCACGUCGCAGCCACAGUCGCAGCCGACACUCGAGCACUUCGAGCGGCGAAUCUCUCACAGCAGCGCCUGUCCACUCGAGCUCGCCAAAGCCCGAGUCGCGCCUCGCCAUGCCGUUUCGCAAAAUGGCCCGCCACUUUGGCGACUCUGUGAGCCCCCUCCCCAAGAACCCAGACAGCUACCGGGACGAUGCGACGCGGCCUAAAUCGCUGACGUACUGUCUCGUAGCUUUCGCCGCAUUCAACCGUCCUGUCGUACCACGACAUCACUCGUACGUCGCUCCCGUCGGGCCAGGCCUUGCGCUGCCCGGUCCAUGCUCCCGUUGCUCACCACCGCCGCCAGUUACAUACGAAGAUCUCAAGGCGUUGAAGAAUGACUGGUUGACGGAUAACAACAUUGCUUUCUGGGAAGAAUACCUCGAACGCGAACUGCUUCCCAAGUACCCGCAAGCCCGCAUCAUCCUUUUGCGCCCCUCCAUGACAUUCCUCCUCAUGAAGGAACCCGAUAUGCGCGCCAUUCGAUCUGCGCUGCCUGACUUUUCCAAGGUCACCCACAUCUUCCUUCCAAUCAACGACGCUCGCAACGUUGCACAGGCCGAGGGCGGUUCGCAUUGGUCCCUGCUCCUCGUAUCGGCUAUUGACGGUGUCGCGUUUCACUAUGAUUCUCUCGGCGGCGCGAACUAUCAGGAAGCUCGUCUCGCCACUCGCAAAAUGUCCGAGAUCCUUAACCGCCCGUUGCGCUUCCUCAACCUCGAAGACUGCCCGCAACAGGAGAACGGCUCUGACUGUGGCGUCUUCGUCUGCAUCCUGAUGCGCCACCUGCUCGUCAAGCGGCUGCUCAGCGCUAACGCCCGCGAGAAGGUCAGCAUGAGCAUGGGCAAUAAGAUGAUUGACAGCCACGGUGGCAGGAAGGAAAUGUUAAAGAUUAUCGAAAGUUUCCGUAAGGAAGGCGAGAGGAGACGAUCAAGAAGCGCAUCGCCUUAUUCGUCCAAGACACCGCCGCGGAUCGAGUAA